AUGAGCAAUACUGCUGUUUCUGACGUCGACCCCGUCGUAGCCAAAUUUCUGAUCGAGAGCAGGAUUUACUUCACGUACUUCCAAAUUGCAACUGUGGCACUUUUGUGCUAUGAUGUCGCUACUACGUUGGACAGGGAGAUCAAAUACUUUUGGUCCAGGCCACGAAGGCAUAUAACUUGGGUUUACUUAGCCGUACGCAUCUCAGCAAUCCAAUGGAAUGCAAUCCGUUAA